AUAUUCAGCCUAGCUUGAUGCGUGCACCUUGUCGCCUAGCAACAGUGUGUGGCAGCCACGACUGCUACUUUUUGAGCAAACUGCGGUGUUAUUACUUUCACUUCAGACAACAGAGAAAGAAACCUACGUGUCACGACGAAUGACUGUAAUGUAGAGGUGGUCAUUCAUAAAACAUAUUCGUCAGGCUGAACAGUUACAAAAGUAACGUUACACACAGCACAGAGGACACCGGAAACGUUGCUAACAUGGAGCAGGAUGGGUCGAUGCUGAACCCCCACCUCAAACAGGAACAAGCUGCGGAAAGCUGGUUUUUACAGCACUCCCAACCUCAAACCACUGAGGGUUCGAAAAGUAGUAAAAAACAAAUCUCUGUAUCAGGAGAACCUAUGGAGAGGCGCCCAGAUGGUACAGUCUCAGGUGGCCCCCCUCACCAUGCAGUAAUUGGAGCCAGACCUUUCUGCUCCCCUGAGUACAGCCCAGACUUCUACAAGUUAGGCUCAACGUUACCUCACAGCACCUACAGCUUCACAAGCAGUUCAACCAAAUCAAACACCUCUAUUCCUCACCAGUCUUCCAACAAGACACGCAUGUCGUACUCAGAGAAAAGGAGGCUCCUGGACAAACAAAAGGAGAUGGAGGAGGUGAAGCAGCUGGAUGAGUGGAGGCCCACUGUAAGCAUCUUUACAACACUGCUGGACGGUUUAAAUGAUAAAGCCAACUAACAAAUCACACACUGUACCCAUCAGAAAUACACACUGUUGAUGGAUUUGGA